AAUAAUUUUAAACGCUUCAGAGGUGCUUACUUGUAAGAAAAAUAAUACAAGAGCCUAAUAAAUAGAUGAAACAAGCUAUAUGGCCAAUAUACCUCCAUGAAGACUAAAUUGGUCCUCUUGCCCUACAGAACACGAGAAGCCGACGAAUCCAAACGAUCGACACUCGCGUACACAACUACAGUUUGCUUCCAGCAAGCGGUAAAGUCUGUUUGGUUUUGUUUCCGUAAUCUUGUAAUCAGUGAUAUUCAACGUGUUUUUGACGUAUUAAGUUACUUUCUGUUGAAUUUCAGUUAUUUUCUAGACUUCCCCAGAAAUGAAUCCAAGCGAAUGGUUUAGCGAAAUUUCGGAACAGCUAUGGCCGAAUCAAUGCUUUUCGCUGAAGGUGAAAAGGGUUCUCCACGAAGAGCGCUCCAAGUUCCAGGAUAUUAAAUUGUUGGAUACCUACUCCCAUGGCAUCGUCUUGGUUCUUGACGGUAUCAUUCAAUGUACGGAACGGGAUGAGUUCGCCUACCAGGAGAUGAUUUCGUUUCUUCCACUGUGCUGCCAUCCGAACCCCAAGAAGGUGUUGAUCGUCGGUGGAGGAGACGGAGGCGUUGCCCGGGAAGUGGUAAAACAUCCACUAGUGGAAGAGGUUCACCAGGUGGAAAUCGAUGACCGUGUGGUUGAGCUGUCGAAAAAAUAUCUCCCCUUCAUGGCAUGUGGAUUCGAUUCGCCAAAGCUGAAGCUUACGAUUGGUGAUGGUUUCGAGUACAUGAAGCAGCGGGAAGGCGAAUUCGAUGUUAUCAUCACGGAUAGUAGCGAUCCGAUUGGUCCUGCCGAGUCACUUUUCCAGGAAUCGUAUUUCGCUUUGGCCAAGAAAGCGCUACGACCGAACGGAAUAAUUUGCUCACAGGGGGGCACCUUCUGGAUUGAUAUGGAUCACAUUAAAAGUACACUAGAUCACUGCAGGAAACAUUUCCCUGUUGUGGGAUACGGAGUGGCAUCGGUGCCGUCCUACCCAACGGGCCAAAUAGGAUUUUUCAUCGCCAGUUCAAAUGAGAAUACCAAGCUGAACGAACCAGCAAAGACAUUCACCGAUGAGGAAAUCGACGAAAUGAAAUUGCGCUACUAUACAACGGAUAUCCACAAGGCUGCAUUCACGUUGCCAAGAUAUGCCGCCAAGAAGCUUUACUGAUGUGCGCACGAAUGGGAUUAGUUGAACAAUAAUGUACAAUUUCGUUGUAUCUAUCAAUUUGGAAUCUUUUAUUCUUUGCUUAUUGUGCAAAUUUUAUAUACAUUUAUAAUAUACACGAUAUAAACGUUGCAA